AUGGAAGAAAUACCACAAGAGCUCUUCCGUUUGCUAUUGCGAUGGAUCAUUCAGAGGCCAGGCCUCAAGUCGUCAUUUACCCACCUAGCCGAGUAUGAGCCCAACCCUGGCUUCCACAGUUGGCUCCCCCUACGCCUCGUGUCCCGCCGCUGGAACGAAACCAUCGUCUCCGAGAAGCGUUUCUGGAGCACCAUCCUAGCAAGCGGGCCCCAUGCGCGGGAGUGGUUGAUGCUCUGUCUCGUCCGCUCGGACGGAGUUCCCAUCGAUGUCAUCCUCCCGCUCGAUAUGUGGCUCGAGCACGAAGACACAAGGUCGUUUCUCGCUGAAAUAUCUCCACACGCACUCCAUCUCCGGUCCCUCGCGGUUACUCCCCUCAACCGGGAAGACCGCGAUCCUCUCAACGAGUUCUUCCUAUCGACGACGUUCCCCGCCUUGACGACACUCGUCCUUGAGUCGGACGUUUCCAACCGGGAGACGCGCCGGAACACCCUCUUGCCAUUCACAUUCGAGCAGCACAACGCCCCCGCUCUCACGACGAUCUCGGUCAACGCACGCUGGCAAGUGCCGCGUCCAGCGAUCUUUGCGCGCCUCAAGUGCGUCUCGCUCACCACCCUGUUGAAGAUCACGCCGACGGAGGUCCUGGGGCUCCUCCGCACCGCGCCGCAACUAGAAGAGUUCCGCCUCGGCUGCGGAUACCAGCAAGAAGGCCACCUAUAUUGGUCGAACGACAUGUGGUUCGCGCACGUCGGGCUCACAGAGCCGGUCACCAUGGCCCACCUCCGCAUCCUCGAGCUCACGGAGGAGAUCUACCGCGCGUCGGACACCGCCUGGGUGCUGCAGCGCCUCCGCCUGCCCCGCACCCAACUCGUCCGCGUCGUCUGCAGCGGCAGCGAGGCUCUGGACAUAUUCGGCCACCUUCCCCACACGCUCGCAGACUCGCUCCCCGUCCUCCGCUCGCUCGUCGGGCUGCGCGUCGUCGCCGCCGACUACUCGUUUGGCAUCGAAGGCUGGACCGCGGACAGGACGCACCGCUUCGUCGUCCGCUGCAACACGACGGACCUGUGCGACUCUUAUGACACCGAGGUCUCCUCCGUGCUCGAUGGCCUCGAGCGCUUCGUCGACCGCACACGCUCUCCCGACGGUCCCUCCGCUCUCGAGCUCGGCGGCGCCUCGUUGUUCACGGAGCGGGCGCAGUGGGCGGCGCUUCUCCGGUGCUUCCCCAAGCUCACGCGGCUGUCGAUCGCGAGCACGGACGACAUGCGCGCAGACCUGAGGUAUCCGGUGGAGUUGACGGAAGCGCUGCGGGAGCACGGGAAACCGCUGGAGGAGCUGGUGUUCGUUGGCGAGCCACCGUUUGACAUUGAGAUGUGGAGGGAGAAGAUGAAGGCGGCCGGUGUUGGGAGCGUGACGCUAGUAGCGGGCAUAGAAGGAGGAUCGGACGAAGAAGAUGACGAGGAGGAUGAGGAUGAGGAAGGAGGAGACGAAGAAGGAGGAGACGAAGAAGGAGGAGACGAAGAAGGACACGAAUAG